AUGAAAGUGGUAUUGCUGUCUGCUCUUCUUGCUUGGGGCUUUGUGCCCAGGGCCCACGCAGUGUGGCUGGGAAGACUGGAUCCUAAGCAGCUCCUCGGUCCCUGGUACAUCCUGGCCGUGGCCUCCCGUGCAAAGGGCUUCAUGGUAGAGAAGGACAUGAAGAAUGUGGAAGGUGUCAUGGUGACCCUCACUCCAGAAAACAAGUUGAGAGUGCGGUCCUCUCGGCAUGGGCCGAAUGGGUGCCACCAGAACACUGUGGAGCUGCUGAAGCAAGAUUCCCGAUGGGUGUUUGAGAACCCCUCCUUGGGCGUGCUGGAUUACCGAGUGCUGGGUACUAACUUCAAAGAUUAUGCUGUUGUCUUCACCCAGCUGGAGUUUGGGGAUGAGACCUUCAACACGGUGGAACUAUAUAGUCGGACAGAGAUGGCCAGCCAGGAGGGCAUGCAGCUGUUCACCAAGUGGAGUCAGGGCCUGGGUUUCUUGUCCCAGCAACAGGCCCGGCUUCAGAAGGACCUCACCUGUGCACACGAGCUCCUCCAGUGAUCGCACCACAGCAUCCUCAUGAUCUCACCACAGCAUCCUGGUGUCCCGGUGGAGGCGGGCAGGAGCUGUCCUU